AUGCCGCUGGUGCUCGUACUGGCACCGCGUCCCAACAAUCCGUCGGGCUACGAAUCGCAGCCCUACAUUUGUUUGUCGCGCGGCAUCGAGCAGCGUCGCGUGUGCCUGAUCACCGACCUGCCGGCGAUCGCGCAACACGUCGAUGAAUCGGAAGCGCCUCACGCGCCGAUGCUCAUCCUUCUCGCCAUCACCAUCACCAUCGAGCUCAUCAUUAUCACAAUAUUCCAUAUGAAGGCGGCGAUUCAGCGGGGCACCUUCUUCUACAUUCUGACGAUUCUCUCAAUCUCGGUGACGUUUCGCAUCCUCUUCUCAUUCGUUUCGGUGAUCGUCUCGGCGCUCGUCGACUCCGAAUCCGACCUGUUCCAAUUCACCUCCAAAUCAUCGUUGUACGUCGAUUAUUGGAGCAAUUAUUUCUCGUUGGCGAUCACGUUUUGCAUGUCGCUCAAUCGGUGCCUUUGCUUCGUCGCGAGGAACACCAACACGAUGAUCUUUGAAGGGUCAGAAUUCCGAUUGUUCGACUCAAUUUUCAGCAAGAAUGUCGUCGUGCCGAUCGUCGUCAGCUUCGUCGUCUCGAUGAUCGGCGCGAUUCUCGCCAUCGUCACCUCGAACAUCCGACGCGUGUUCGUCGACAAUCUCGGCUUCGUCGACAUCGGCGAUGCCGUCGGCUUGAAGACCGUCGUCAAUCGCUUCUUCUACGUCUUCCCGUUCGGCUCCGUCGUCUGCUACAUCAUUCUAUGGCAGUUCCUCAGGAAGCAGGCCAAUCUCGUGCUGUCAAGGAAUACGAGCAAGGCCGAUCAGAAGGCGUUCGUCCAGCUGCUCAUCACAUCGGUCUUGUAUGGGAUCAUGCCGAUACUCUUCGAGAUCAUCACCAUCUACGAUUGGGGCGCGAACGUCGACCUUCAGAUGACGUUCAUCUCGCUUCUCAAUGUGUUCAAUUAUCUGCCGGAAAUGUCGCUUCCGCUGCUGCUCAUCUGCAGUAGUGUGGAAUUUCGCAAGAAGAUUGGAACCCUUAUGAGCAUUUCCGGCAAGGAGAAGUCGACGCCGUCGAGCACCAAGUCCGUCACCGCCUCGAUUCCUUGA